AUGAUGAGGUCUCCAUGGUUUUUCUAUCUGACCUGUCUGGUCUUGGGGGAAACAGCUCAGACAAUUGGUGAUGACGUCUCUUUUGUUCAUCAAGAGGAACGGUUUGUAUUCGUUAAAGCAGGAGAUGACUUAAGUCUGCAAUGUUCCUAUGAACCUGAUGUUGGAACAAGGUUUUACUGGUAUAAGCAAAUUCUGGGACAGAAACUGAGACUCAUUUCUUCCUUCUAUAAAUACAAUUCAGAUUACACUUUUUAUGGUGAAUUUAACAACAAUCCACGCUUCAAACUGGAUACAGAAAAUCAUAAAAACCACUUGAACAUCUCAGAUUUGCACAUUUCAGACUCCGGUACCUACUAUUGUGCCAGUAGCUUUGCAUACAACUUUGAUAUCGGUGAGGGCACGACUGUCAGUGUAGAAGGUUCAGACGUGAACGUCCAAGCUUUGGUCCAUCAGUCUGAAUCUGAGAGCGUCCAUCCAGGAGACUCUGUGACUCUGAACUGUACGGUUCAUACUGGGACCUGUGAUGGAGAACGCAGUGUUUACUGGUUCAAAAAGUCUGAAGACCCUCAACCAGGAAUUAUCUACACCCAUGGAGGCACAAAUGACCAGUGUGAGAGGAAACCUGACACCCAAACACACACCUGUGUCUACAACCUGCCCAUUCUGGAUGUGAAUCAUACUCAUGCUGGGACCUACUACUGUGCUGUUGCAUCAUGUGGACAUAUAACAAUUGGAAACGGGACCAAGGUGGACUUCGAGAAAGAAUCUCUGGUAUUGGUGUAUUUUUUGAGCGGAGCUUUGGGAUUCACCACCAUCCUCAUUGUUUUAUUGAGUUUCUCAGUCUACAAGAUGAAAAGCAAAAACAACAUCCAAUUUUCAGAAUCUCAAAGCAGAUAUCCAGCAAAUACAGAGGAUUACCCAGCUGCAGACAGCCUCCAUUAUGCAGCUCUGAACAUUAGAGCACCCAACGCAUCAAGAAGACAGACAAACGCCACCGAUACUGACUGUGUGUACUCCAGCAUGAAGAAGUAAAAUAAGUAAAAGAUGAUGUCUGUCUAAAUUUUAUUUUUGCACACAUGGAAAGUCCUGGUCGUUUUUUGCUUCUCUGUGUAAAGGAUAUUCCCUCAACUUAGAAGAAAAGUCAAAAAGAGCCAAAAAUUCUGCAAAUAACAGUAAAUAAAUCUGAGAGCUUCCAGUUUUCUAUUCAGUUGUUUUUAAGAAAUGAUGUGAAAUAGGUUAGGUGUAUUCUGCUUUGAA